CAAUAAUGACAUAGACGUUUUUGUUGUUAUUUCGAGACACAUCCAUUUUUUGUCAUCAAAAUUAGUCACGUUUUUUUUCAGAUGUACUGAUAUAUAUUUAAUGCAUUAUAAUGUCAAACUCUCUUAAAACACAAAAGGAGAAAUCCCAUGCAGUUCCGAAACUUACACCUCGCCCGACCGCAGCCUCGGCCGCUCGUGCCGCUAAGAACGCCAUCAACAGAAGCAAUGCCGCACCCAUUGGUGUUCCGCCAUCGUCGCAGCGGUCACCAGUGCGAUCCACAACUGCCCAAGCUGUGUCUAAGGUUAAAUCUGCGAUCCUGCGCUAUGGAAGGUCAGACUCAAAAACGGACGUGAAAUUAAAGGACUCUCGUAUAAACAGAAAUUUGGAUAUUGAAGGGUCACAAAUACAGACAGCGGAUAGUGACAAAGACGAUAUUAAUUUUGAAAUUACUGAAGACACGAAAAUGGUCGAAGUUGAUACGAAUGAAUCUUUAGCUGAUGAAUGUCAAAAGGAAGUAAUCACAUAUGAUUAUGAAAAUCGGAACGACGAAGAAGAGUCAUCGCUAGGCGAGACAGAAGCCGCAGCGGUUGUAGUAGUCUCAGAGGGUGAUGAACUACCAUCAAAGGCACCAACACGACCUCAAACACCACGGACAGCUACUACCAGACCUCAAACUCCAAAGCUAACAUCCAGCCGACCCGAAACUCCAAAAGUUGCUACUAGUAGACCUGAAACUCCAGUAAAAUCAAGUAGACCCACCACCCCCGCUCAUAUUCUGCGCACUAAUACACCAUGCAGUCGUCCAAGUACGCCAAUAACAAAACCCAGAACUCCCACCAAAUUGGUUAGACCUACUACUCCAAUUUCGUCAAGUUUAGAUAAAUCUGGUUUUAAAAGUACGAAAGAUGAGUAUGUAGCGAGAGAAAAAGAAUUCUGCAGUUUGAAAAAGGAGUUGGACUUAAAACAACAAGCUGUUAUUAAACUUUUUGAGAAUUUGCAAAGAAUAAGAGAACGCUUAAUAAAUGAAGGAGGUUCUCCAGGUGACAAAGUUACCAAUGAACUAGUUAUGUUUAAUGUUGCUGAUUGGACAUCAGAUGAAAUCACGCAGCUAUGUCGCGAUAUUGGUGCCACUUCGACUGAAACGGACCUCGAAAUAUUUAAUGCUAGCCAUAUAGAUGAAUCUAGACUGGAAGAAAUGCAUAAUAAGGCGCUCAGCAUUCCCGCACAUUUUGCCGAUUUGUGUCUACAGGCGUUUACAGCGCGCCAAGAAUUGAUUGAUUGGUUAAAAGAAUACGUUGCAAAAGAGGAAAUUGACAGUGAAGCAUUGGAGCGUAUUACUCGUUACAACCAGCAAGGAUUGGACAUGUGUGAGGCUUUACGUGAUCUGAAAAAUCAAGCAGAUGAAGCUGUAGACAUGGUCUUAUUGAUUUCCAAGCGUGCUUGUCAAGAAAGGGCCACUUUGAUCUCGGUCGGACAGACACUUGUUCGGGAGGUUGCUCGUCUUAGACAGGACCUAAAAGCACAACCUGCGCCCGUCACAGAGAUCCAUGAGAUUGUUAAUGAUAGUGAAAUAUCAAAAAUUCUAGUGGGAGUUCGAAAAGAAUUAGAGGAGGAGCGUGCUGCUAAAACGGCAAUGAAAGAGAAACUUUCCAUGGCUGAGACACAAAUCAAACAACAAAAGAUGCGAAUAGCUAAGAUGGACAGACAGCUGCGGGAAGCUGAAGCAAGCAUACACAGUCUUACUAGCACAGUCAAGAGCUUGGAAGAUCAAAGUCGACAGAAGGAAGCACAGUUCGAAUCCAGGGCUAGAAAACUUAAAGAAUCUGUUAGAACUAAUGAAUAUACAACUAGCAACUUAGCUCAGCAGCGCGAUGCCCUACAAGCCGAAGUCAGCGAAUUAAAAGACCAAAUACAAAUAAUGACUUCACAACAUAAGACCAGCAUUCAAGAAAUGACAAAGCAAUUAAAAGAAAUCUCAGUGGCGUUAGAGGAAGAGCAAAAAUCAGUACAAGAAGAGAGAGAAUUGAAAGUGGCGUUAGAAGAUGCUCUUCGUGAAAGCAAAAAUGAGAUUGAAGCGUUACAAGCCAAAAUUGUUGAACUUGAAAUCAAUAAACCUAAUCCAGAUUUGCCCACUGAAAGAGAAAUGGAUCUUUGGUCUGAUUUACAAGCAACUAAAGAUACUUUACGUUUAACCGAAGAGGAAGUGACCGCUUGUAAAAGAGAAAAAGUUCGCUUUUUGGAAACUCUCACAAAAAUAGCUGAAUCUGACAACAAAGCAAAUUUGGAACAAAAAUUAACAGCUGAACUAUUAAGUAAAGAGGAAAUCAUUAAUAAGAUGCAAAUACAGAUUCGACAACAAACGAAAGCUAUUAAAUUAAACGAACAGAAAGUUAUACAAUAUGAACACUAUGUUCAUAAUUUGCAAGCUCACUACAGAUCAGCAGUCAAUUGUCAGGAAGCACCCAAUGGCAUCAGCUACCAGGACUUACAGCAAGAGAUAAUGAGUCUUAAAAUGGGUCUGCUGGAUUCUGUUCACCGCAAUGAAGAGCUAUCAGAAUCGCUGAUGCAGAAAGAGCAGCAACUCGAGCAACAGGAUAAAACGUCACGCACACAGGCAAGAAUCAUCAAGGUUCGUGAGGAGCUGAUCAACAUGCUCAAGAAAAAGGAGACGGAGCAAGGUCGAGAGCUCAGCGCCUUACAGCAGGACUUAGAACAUCGAAUGAAAAUAGUAGACGAAGUGAAUAAACAAAUAGCUGCCAAAGCAGACGAGAUUCAAGACCUAUUUUCUACGCUAGAGAAUAAACAGCAACAAAUCCAUCGGCUAGAGAAGAUCGUCCUGGCUCUAGAGGAACAGCAGCGGCGAGCGCAGGCGCAGAGAACUAGACACGAGGAGAAGAUUGCUGCGUUAGAGCAUGAGCUGGCUGCUGGCGGAAAUCGACGAGAGAGAAAAUUCAUCUUCUUUUGAAGCAUGGCCACAUCACAACACUUACUUUCACACAUAUUCUUAUAUAAAAAAAUAGAGACGGUGAAAAUUGUAACCUGUAUUUGUCUUGUUAUUGUCCUGGUAUUUAGUGAUUGUGGUAAAUGAAUUUUCGCAGUAUU